AUGUCUGAGUUUCCUUCUCUCCAGCCUGCCUUUACAGUCCAGGUCACAAUUGACCCCGGGUUUGCCGUUGGUAAGCUUCAACUCGAAAGGAAAUAUCGCCAGUACAUUUCUAACCUCGUGCAAGGCAGUGCUUCUCGGUCCAACAGCCUGUCGGUCGUGCCCAUGACCGGUGGUACUGUCAAAAGUGAUCCCGGCUACUCCCUUGCCCUCGACGCCGAAUUCGUCGGUACCGGCAACGAUUACAUCCAUGCGGACCCGGACAACAAGCACUUGCGCUUGAAUGCUCACGGAGUCAUCAAGACCAAGGACGAUGCUUUGCUGUACAUGAGCUACACCGGCGUCAUCACAAUGGGGCCCGCGGAACAGGCUGUUUUCACUGGCACGGCAGAAGACGGCGCGACGCCGUUUGGAAACUCCUUUACUCACUUUACCUUUGAGACCGGUGAUGAGCGUUAUAAGGAGUUCGAGAACCAAGUGUUCGUCGGCCAGGGACGGUUCCGAGUCGAGAAGGGUAAGCCAAUUGUCGUCGAAUACAAGCACCUGUCAAUCCCUACUAUUGUUCAAUUCCGAAUGAAUCCUGCCGUAUCCGCUGGCUGGCGCAGAUUGGAUGCUGCGGAUGCGCCUGGACCUGGUGAUACGUACCACUGCACACCAGCUACAUGGGGCAUCUCCUUUCAGACACGCCCCGCACGAUUGUCGGCCCCAGCAUAUAUCGAAAAGGGGAUCAUCGCUGAGACGCAGGACAGUUUCGUUACCGGCUCUGAUUGGUUCUGUGCUUGGAUGGUGGGCUAG